AUGGGCCUCCCGUUCGACACGUGUUGCGAGGAAGUAAUUAAAGGCGGCGCUGCAGGAAGGAAAUUCCCGCGAUGCCCCCGGGGCCGUGUAGGCACUACACACCGCCGCCGCCUCUCGCGUUUUACAAAUGCAAUUCCAGCCCGCGGUGCAAAAGGGGAUAAGCCGGAUGACAUCGGUGCAGUAGCAAGUAGUACAAACUGUAAAUGCCAUCGACUGAAAGAAACGCCCAUCCAGGGACGCGCUCACUUUAAGACUCAGCGGAGGCAAACAUCGGUGCAAUUUCCAUGGUCCUCGAAAAGGGCUGAUCCGCGCCAGAGCGCUCGAGCGCCGGGGCCCGCGUGCCCAGUUGGCAUGUCGCGGGAUGAAGUUGUGAAACUGCUCGGUGUACUCAUGUCGGGUACGGCUUGUUCGCUGUCCGUGUGUGGGGGUGCGGGGGUGCGGCCUCCAUUAGACAGCGGCUCCAGAGGCACCAGUGGCCCG